AUGCUCAUUCCCAGAAUCUUGGUGCUGGCCCUCAUGUUUUCAACGGGCGUCCUGCUGCAGCUGCUGGGCUGCGUGCUGUACCGCAACUACUGGCCCAUGCUGACGGGCAUCAUGUACGUGCUGGUGCCGAUGCCGUACCUCUUCUUUGGAGGCGGGACGGACACCUACGGAUACAGCAGCAUCGCCAGCGGGUGGGUCGACGCGGGCAAGUUCCUGACUGGAUUCUCCGCGGUGGGGUCGAUCGCGAUCCCCGCCAUCCUGGCGCACGCUCAGGUCAUCACCACGGGGGCGCUGCUGAUGGAGCUGGCCGCGGUGUUUGUGCUGGGCGCCACGUUCCUGGUGUACGACUACUUCGCCAGCCAGGACAGCGGCUAUUGA